AUGUGUGCCAUGUCAGGAGGCGAGCAGGCAGCACCUUCACCUGACGGUCUGACCACGCAGGAAAAAAAUGGCUGCAGCUGUGACAGAUGUUUGCACGGUCCUGGGGAGGGAGCCAUGGGAGAGCUGUACAGUCAGAGGGCCUGGAUCCUCUUUACGUUUGAGAAACUAUACAGCGCCAUCUACAGAAGCUCAGCGGCACUGCUGCGUCAAGAUCAGCCUCACCUCCAACCUCCAUCCAGCACCACAGCUUCCAGUCUGGACCAGAGCAAUCAUCACACCAUCAGUGAAGGCGAAACGGCGACUUCAGUUGAUUAUCUGUCUUUCCUUUGCUAUCCAAUGGAUAUUCACUGCAAAGCAGACCCCUUCACAGCGAUGCACCCAGGGCACGGAGGUGUGAACCAGCUCGGCGGGGUGUUUGUGAACGGCAGACCCCUCCCGGACGUGGUCAGGCAGCGGAUCGUGGAGCUUGCCCACCAGGGCGUCCGGCCCUGCGACAUCUCCAGACAGCUACGCGUGAGCCACGGCUGCGUCAGCAAGAUCCUGGGCAGGUAUUACGAGACUGGCAGCAUCAAACCAGGUGUUAUCGGUGGCUCUAAACCUAAAGUGGCCACGCCAAAGGUGGUGGAGAAAAUCGCAGACUACAAGAGACAAAACCCCACCAUGUUCGCGUGGGAGAUCAGAGACAGACUGCUGGCAGAGGGCGUCUGCGACAACGACACAGUUCCCAGCGUCUCAUCCAUUAACAGGAUCAUCCGGACAAAAGUCCAGCAGCCUUUCCAUCCAUCGCCUGAUGGGUCGUCACUGUCAGCACCAGGCCACACCAUAGUACCAAGCACAGCCUCUCCACCUGUAACCAGUGUCUCCAACGACCCGGCAGGAUCCUACUCCAUCAAUGGGAUUCUGGGAAUUCCCCGAUCCAAUGGAGAAAAGAGGAAAAGAGAUGAAGAUGGUUCAGAUGGUUCUGGCCCAAACAGUGAUUCUCAGGGUAGUGUGGAGAGUUUACGGAAACACCUUAGGGCUGAUGCCUUCACCCAGCAGCAGCUGGAAGCGCUGGACCGGGUCUUUGAACGCCCCUCGUACCCCGACGUCUUCCCUACAUCGGAGCACAUCAAACCAGAACAGGCUAAUGAGUACGCGCUCCCUGGCCUGAAUUCCAGCCUGGACGAAGUCAAGCCCAGUUUAUCCUCUAGCGCCAACCCAGACCUGGGCCCCAGUGUGUCGCAAAGCUACCCUGUAGGUCGAGAUAUGGCCAACACUACCUUACCCGGGUAUCCCCCUCACGUCCCUCCCACAGGCCAGGGCAGCUAUCCCACCUCCACGCUCGCUGGAAUGGUUCCUGGGAGUGAGUUUUCGGGGAACCCCUACAGUCAUCCACAGUACACAACCUACAAUGAAGCCUGGCGAUUCAGCAACCCAGCAUUACUAAGUUCCCCUUAUUAUUAUAGUGCCGCAUCGAGAGGCUCCGCCCCUCCCACUGCUGCCACUGCCUAUGACCGUCACUAGUUACCAUGGAAACCAAAUCAACCUGCAGGACCAUGGCCUUAGCCUCCAUAUUGCCCCGGUGUGAGCGGCAUGGUCCACUGGACACUGAGAAAAAACUGCGCAUAACAUGUUCCUGACUCACACAACGAGACACUGAACAGAUUUUUUUGGGACUCCAGACGACUUCUCUUCUCUCCCUCUCUCUCUCCAUGAAGCUUCUUUGGACAUUCAAAGCCAAAAGAAAAAUCAGCAAGACAGCACCAGAGACACAGAAAGGCGCUGCACACACGAUGAUAUCAACUGUGGCUACAUGCAGCUGGUUAAACAACAAGAAAAAAAAAAGACUGAAAACACAAACGUCAGAUUUAUUUUCCCCCUGUAGCAGAGUCACAGUUUCAUCCUGUCAUGGAUCAAUACUGUACAUUCCUUUUCUUGAUGACUCUCAGCAGGGACGCUGUCCAGAGCUUAAAAAUGUAGCAGCAGCCUUUUAUUUCUCCUUUUACCAUUCAUCUCCUUCUCGAUUCAGACGGCAGCGCAGUGAGAUCAGAGGAGAUUAGCAGCAGCACACGCAGGCUGUGGCAGGCUAACACAUUGUUUUUUUAUCCAUCUGAAACAGUCACCGACCAAACAUCCAGCAUGACUCAAUCGAUCGCUUUUGAUGCCAUGAGAAGAUUAGGACAUGUUCUCUGUGAUACACAAUCAAGAUGUAAAAAUGAAAAUGAAAUUAAUAAAGAAACAUCUGUCGGAAAAAUAGACAGAGCCAUGAAAGUAUAUCACCAUGGCUCUCUGUUUGCAAGAUUUCAAGAAACUAGUAAAUAUAUUCUUAAAAUAAUUUUUUAUUUCAUUUUUAUAAUUCUUAACCUGCAGACUGCUUGGCUAGUGUUUGACUCUUUCUUAUUUGUCAGGAUUCAAGAAGGUCAUCAGGCUGUGUUUUUUGUUUUCUUAUUUUUGCACUAUUUUGGAGGUUUGCAACACUGGAGCGUUAUUAUGCAGGAAAAUGAUGAUGCAUAUUUUGCUUUAUUUCCUGAACCUGACCGUAGGUCUAACAAGUCUGCGUCUGAGAAAGGCACUUACAGCUUCACAGUUUUUUCCUGUAAAUCAAGGCCCGUCAUGUCACCGCCUUGACGUGCACUACCAUGUUCUCACAGCUUACUCUUUUAUUUAAGUCGAUUAAGUCUUUGGCAUUCAACAGCAGAGAAAAAAAAGAAAGAAAUUAAAGCCAUCCUAAUUCAAACCAGUACAAACAUUUGUCUGUUGUAAAGCCAGAAGCAUCCAGGAUCACUCUGAUUGGAUGAUUCAGGCGCCUUUAAUAAAGUAAAAAAAGCAGGGCGAUGAUUUCAGCUAAAUGCCUUAAACAUGUUUCCUCUUCUUUUUUGCUCCCUCACUUUCCACGCCAAGGUAUUUCUUUGAAUCAAGCUGGAAUUAUGGUUUCUUCAUCUGUCAAGUGAAUGUAUUCGCAUUUGCCAAAGACUUAGUUCUUGUUAUUGUUAAUUUACAGGCCGCCUUUAUGCAUCAUGAGAGCAGUAUUAUUAUUAUUGUUGUUAUUAUUAUUAUUAUUAGGAAAAACCCACGUUGUUCAUGAGGAAAAGUAUAUGUAUAAAUUCUAUGCAGUGCAGAGAUGGUCAUCAUAUGCAUAUUCAGCUGUAAACCUAAAGGUAGGUGGAGUUUAUUUAAUUGUUAUGUUAUUUACAAAUUGUUCAUUUUGUAGAAGGAUUUUUUGUGUGUGAUGUGAAGACACUUCUCUGUAAAUACAGUAAGAAAAAAUGUCUUUCAUGUUCAUGGGUAUUAUCACUUUCAUUACGCUGGUCUCACUUGUACAAUAAUAAAAGUGUCUGAAA